AUGUCUACUAUCGCGAAGCCACAUGCCCCCGAGCCCCGAUCUUGGUGCCUAGGUAAUUUUGCUAACGAGUCCCAGGAUGGCCGAGAGGUUGACCUUCUCCAUUACAUCUAUGGGCGCCCCGACAUCAAGCAAUUGCGUGGCAACCCACAAAAGGUCCUCGCCGCAAUUGAUGAAUACCACUCAAACUAUAACAUGCUCAUCAACGUUGGCCCUGUCAAGGGUGCGCAUAUCACCGGCCUGAUCGCCGAGCAUAAGCCGUCGACUAUGAUCGAGCUCGGUGGCUACAUUGGCUACUCAGCCAUUCUCUUCGGUGACGCAGUCCGUGCAAAUGGCGGAAAGAAGUUCUAUAGUCUCGAGAAGAACCCCGAGAUGGCCGCUGUGGCGAGUCAACUCGUUGAGCUCGCUGGUUUGCGCGAUGUCGUCCAGAUUGUGAUCGGAUCUAGUGAUGAGUCCCUGGUGGAACUUGUUCGUGAGCGGAAAGAGAUCGAUCGAAUCGAGAUGCUGUUCUUGGACCAUUGGCAAGAAUUGUAUCUUCCUGAUUUGUGGUUGCUGGAAGAGAUGGGCGUUCUCGCUCAGGACAGGACCUUGCUGGUUGCGGAUAAUGUGAUUAUGCCUGGUGCUCCGAAAUACUUGGAAUGGGUAAAGGGCAGCCCAGCCCAGAAACGCAGCAUGGUUGAGAAGCUCAACCUGGGGUCGCUGAAGCCUAACCCGAACCUGAUAUAUGAGACGGAGGUGCCGGUGUUUGAAGGUGACUGGGGGAGGGAUGGCCUGGCGAUUACCAAGGUAGUUGGAGAGGUAAAGGCUUGA